UGGUCAAGAUACUUCCUACAUUUCGUCUUCCCUUUCUCAGAGCAGCUUACUUAAAAUCAACACAACACAGCACUAAUCAAAAUCGCGGGUCCAAUACUCGCAUUGACUUUUUAUACGUUUUUUUUUUCUGUAACGUUUUCGCAUUCAACUUUGGUGUUGCGACUUGCGACGACGGAUAUAACAUAUCCGAAACUAAACUGGAUUACUGUGUUUGGUGAGCGAUCGCUGCCAUGAUGGCGUCAGGCUACAACGCCAAGGAAGAGGACGGACAUCACUCGGGUGCUCCGGGCAAUGGUGGAGCAGGAGCUGUCAAAAGCAAAAAGCCGGACAACACGGCGUUCAAGCAGCAGAGGUUACCUGCGUGGCAGCCCAUCUUGACGGCUGGCACCGUACUGCCCGCUUUCUUUGUCAUCGGCCUCAUCUUCAUCCCCAUUGGCAUUGGCUUGUUUGUGACUUCGAAUAACAUCAAGGAGUUCGAGAUUGAUUACACAGGUAUCGAGGCGUCCAGUCCAUGCUACAACUGCGCUCAGAACUACAGCUGGAACAGCACGAGUUCCUGCACCUGUAAAGUGCCUUUCACCCUUGAACAACCCUUUGAGAGCAAUGUGUUCAUGUACUACGGCCUAUCCAACUUCUAUCAAAAUCACAGACGCUACGUCAAAUCAAGAGACGACAGCCAGCUGAACGGUGAUCUGACAUCAUUAAAGAGCCCGAGCAAGGAAUGUGAUCCCUACCGAACGAGCGAUGGCCUUCCUAUUGCUCCAUGUGGCGCCAUCGCUAACAGCCUCUUCAACGACACUCUAGAGCUGUACCACCUGAGCAACGGCACCAGGACUGCUGUUGUUCUGAUGAAGAAGGGUAUCGCCUGGUGGACCGACAAGAACGUCAAGUUCAGGAACCCGGGUGGAAAUGCCAACCUCACCGUUGCCUUCCAAGGCACAUCGAAGCCGGUGAACUGGAGGACGCCCGUGUUCGAGUUGGACCCCAACGACCCCGACAACAACGGCUUCAUCAACGAGGACUUCAUCGUGUGGAUGCGCACGGCCGCCCUGCCCACCUUCCGCAAGCUGUACCGCAUCAUCCAGAAGAAGGUGGAUGCCCCCACGCUGGCCAGUGGCAAAUAUGAGCUGGAGGUCUCCUACAAUUACCCCGUGCGCAGCUUCGACGGCCGUAAGCGCGUGAUCCUGAGCACCAUCUCGUGGAUGGGCGGCAAGAACCCCUUCCUGGGCAUCGCCUACAUCACGGUGGGGUCGGUCUGCUUCUUCCUGGCCGUGGUGCUGCUCAUCAUCCACCACAAGUACGACAACCGCUGCAGCAGCGCCGACAUUCCCAACUGAGGCGCUUCCUGUGCGACACUCCUCAGCCCAGCCAGGCGCCCACGCUCCGCAUGCCUCGGCCGCGUUCACCGGCCGCUUUCCCAAUCGGAGGAAGAAAAUCCGGGCUGUUUGUUUGUCUGUCGUUUUCUCUUGUUGUCGCGGCCUGAUUGCACGGGUCUUGUUAAAUGCGUGUGUCCGUGUGUGUGUGUGUGUGUGUGUGUGUGUGUAUAUGUCAUUUUCUUCUUUAGAAGGGGAUCCCAUGCCUGCAAGAAACAAAGAAAGCAUAGCCGAUGUCUAUAUGAGCAUUACGAUGUCCAAGGGUUCUUCUGCAAGGUUGAGCCCUGUGCGUAUCUUCUGCUUUUUUUUUAUCACUGAUGGUUUUUAGUCGUAAAGAAUGCGUGUGUUUUACGUCUUUUUUUUCGUUGUAUACUGUAAUUCGUCCUGCUGAUGAGUGCCAGGGUAUAUUUUUGCAACUAGCUGUUUUCAGUUGGUCUUGGAGUGAGGUGGUAUGCUCAUUUGCAAAUAUCUGUGAGUCAAUUAUUAUAAUCUUUUUUAAAUAUUUGUCUAUACACCAAAAUCCACAUUCAUCUUAUUGUAGAGAGCCCAAUCUUGCUUAUUUUUAUUCAAAAUCUUGCAAAACGUAGAUCUUCAUGGAUAAAAUACACUACGAGUAUACACGUCUGUACAGUGUUAUUUAACUGGUAGGCUAUUGGGUAACAUUCUGCCGACCACAGCACAAAAUGUAUAUUGGGUAUUUUAUUUUUCUUGCAUUCUUCAAAAAAGACUAAAUGAUAAGCACUUUAAAAGUGUCACAUAUUUUGCUUUGCUGAUUCUUCAAAACUGCUAUUUGAUUAUUGAUAAAAUGGCACUGUCAUUUGAUUUAAACAGCCAUUUUGUUUAGUUUGUCGUUUUUAGGUUGUAUUUCAAGGACCAAGAAUAUCUUUAAAUGUAUAUUUAUAUGUAUAUAUAUAUGGUUUCUUGUGUUGCAAUAAAAAUACUGUUGACAAAUA